AUCGAAACCUGGCUCUGAUAAAUUUUUAAACCGCUUUAUUUUAAAAUCUCCCACUUAUAACCCGAACAACCGUUGCGUCAAUCUCAAGCUCCGACUCAAAAUUUCCAAAACAGUUUAGCAGCCUCUGGAAAAACUCUAGUUUGUUCAAAAAAUGCCUGAAGAAGCUUGUGUUGAGCGCCUUUUAUAUGGUGGCGCACUAUCAAUGACCUUUCCUCUUAGACUUCAGGAUUUGAGCAAUGUGCGGCAAGUGCCGGAUCAUCAGGAAGCAUUUGCUGACCCUAGCCGAGAUGAAAGUCUCAUCAUUGAACUAUUAGAUUUGAAGCAUGAUGUGGCUGAUGAAGCAAGUGCUGUGUGGUUCCUUGAAGAUCUGGCCAAGGAACAGGAUGCUGAAGGCGGAAUGUUGAUUGAACAGUCAGGAGUGUUAGAGGCCCCUAGAUUGUGCUACAGAAGCAUGCCUGCAGUCGUGACCAGUGCAGUUGGUCAAAUGGCCAUAUCUAAAGGACGCCAAGGUAUAGAGGCACAAAAUAUAGUCAGGGUUUAUUUGGCUAAUUUACGUCUUAAAGAAGUUGGCACAGAUGUUUUGAUCGUCGCUUAUGAGCCUGUUGUUAUAAACCCAUUGAGUGAAAGUGCUAGUUCUGUUGGUGCUGGAGUCGUAGCACCUGCUGAACAAUCUGGAUAUAUGCCGAUGGCUGAGGUCUUCAAGCUUUCCGUUUCUACAUUCAAAGUCCAUGACUGGAAUCUCUUUAAUGCUUGAAAGUCGAGUUGGUUGUUCCGGUAAAUAGCGCCAAUCUACUUCCCGAGCUUUGUUUUCAGGAAACCAUGAUCGGAACAUCUCAUUUAGUAGCGGCUUGCUGUAAAAAGAAGGUUGAUGCUUGAAGCUGUCAGUGAUACCUUGUAUAAUAGCUCAUAGUAUGAAUAAAUACAUAAUGAAAUGGCUACAUUUCUUUUGAUUAUCUUUUAUAUAGAAGAAAUGUAUUUAUCAAUUUCGGUUUGACGAAAAAAUAGUUAGUGUGCAAGAGAAAUAGUAAUUUCCCGCUAUUACAUUCCUGUUCUCGCUAUUUUUAAAGGAAAUUAGUCUAGUUAUUUUCGUUGGAUCA